UGGACAAGGAGGAGAAAAACCCCAGGGAGUUAGCUCUGGCAUGGCAAUUUUGUGACAAACCAUAUGCAACAUCACUGCUUAGCGUGCCCAGUUCAGGGGCUAUUUGAAAGUGGGCUGCUGGAUAGCCCCGGCUCAGUGCUGGCUGGGUUUGUGGGGGGUGUGUGUGUGUGUGUGUGUGUGUGUGUGUAUGUGUUGUGCAUGCAUGUGUGUGUGUGUGUGUGUGUGUGUGGCUGCAGCCCAUAUCCCCAUUCCCCCCACCAGCCUCCUCCUCCCUUCCAGCCACCCUGGGAUUGGUGAGUCUCAGCCCCUCCCCCGGCUCCCCCAGACCCUCCCAGAGCCUUUAUCAGGGAGCUGGGCCGGAGUGGCUGCCACAUUUCCAGAGCCCCUCCACUCCCUGUUUCUCUCUUCACAGCAGCACCAGCAGCGUGUGCGGGGAGCGGGCAGUGCCCCGGGCCGGCUCCCCGAUCCUGCUAGACCAUCUGCCCUGGGCUCAGAGCUGCUCCACAGGCACCAUGCGGAGCACCCUGCUGUUUGCAGUCAUCCUGGCCCUCAGCUUGGCUUGGAGUUUUGGGGCUGUCUGUGAGGAGUCCCAGGAGCAGGUGGUGCCCGGUGGGGGCCACAGCAAGAAGGACGCAAGCCUGCACCAGCUGCCCCCGUCCUUGCUCCGGAGACUCGCUGACAGCCGCUUAGUCUCCCUGAACGGAUUGCUUGGAGUGCUGAGCCGGGCUGGCACGGGUCCUAAGGAAUCACCACUUCCCCAGAAACGUGACAUGCACGACUUCUUUGUGGGACUGAUGGGCAAGAGGAACGUCCAGCCAGACACUCCCAUUGAUGUGAACCAAGAGAAUGUCCCCAGCUUUGGCACCUUCAAGUAUCCCCCCAGUGCGGAAUGAGCACUCCACUUCUGGACCCCUGGGCUGCAUCGUGAAGACACCUGUCGCCCUGUCCUCAUCCCCAGGCGCAUGUGCUCCCUUCUCUUCCCCAUCCUUGUAACACUCUAGUGCUUCGACUCCUUCCCCGUCCCCCUACCCCAUCGGCUGUAGAAACUGUCUAGUGAGCAUCCCCAGUUCCUGCAGGUGUUGGCUAUAGAUCCUCUGAAGUUUCUGUAGUGUCCUAAAAAUAUGA